AUGGCCGCCAAAGUUUACGUCGGAAACCUCUCGUGGAACACCACUGAUGACAGCCUCGCCCACGCCUUCUCGGCUUACGGUCAGCUCACUGACUACAUUGUCAUGAAGGACCGCGAGACUGGCCGCUCCCGUGGUUUCGGCUUCGUCACCUUCGCCACCCAGGGAGAGGCCGACGCUGCCAUCGCUGCCCUUAACGAGCAGGAGCUCGACGGUCGUCGCAUCCGUGUCAACAUGGCCAACUCCCGACCCGCUGGCGGUAUGGGCGGUGGCUAUGGCGGUGUCACCGGCCAGUACGGUGCCAACGCUUACGGCGCCGCUGGUGGCUACGGCGGUUACGGCCAGCAGCCCGGUUUUCAGCAGCAGCCCGGCGGCUACCAGCAGCCUGGUUUCCAGCCCCAGCAGGGCGGUUACGGCGGAUACCAGCAGCCCGGUUUCCAGCCCCAGCAGCAGGGUUACGGUGCCCCCCAGCAGGGCUAUGGCGCCCCCCAGCAGGGAGGCUACGGCGGCUACAACGGCCAGAGCCAGUAA